AUGUCUCUUCCUCAGAGGCCGGGGGCGUCGCCUUCGUAUGAGGAGCGACGCAGCUACCGGCAAAGCGGUUCGCGCCGCAGUCGACCACCACCCGCCGAUGUCGAGGCCGGAUAUGCCCCACGACCAAGCCAUCACCGACAACGUGUACCAUCGAUAUCUUCAUUUCCAGAAACGCUCCCGUCUCCAAACCCCAAUGUCGAAAGGGACCCUCUGUCGCCGUCCCCCGAGCCCGGGCAUGUAUCCGGCAUGCCUCAGCGGAAGAGGAGUCUGAUUCGACCGGAGCGCCAAAAGAUUGGAAAAGACCAUCCCAACUACCACUACAGAAAACAUGCGGCCAACAUGAACACCCUGCCGUCUUCAACCGGAAACGACCCGAUUUACGAGGGUUUGGAAGGAGUGACGGACGACGUAUCGGGAACUGGCUCGAGGAACGACGACAAUAUUUCCGAGGAGUCGCCCCCAAGGAGAAAGCACUCAACCAAAACCCGGGUUAUCGAAACUGAAAAGUCGGGCGAUGAGAGACGACGUCGGCGGAAAUCGGAUACCACGAGACAUGGCAAGAUCGUCAAGGAUUCAAAGGGAAAGCGCGCAAAGCCCGGAGGACUUCCACCGCCGAGCUUCUGGAACGUCUACUGCGGAUUCAUCACCUUCUGGUGCCCUGGUUUCGUCCUCAAGUGCUUCGGCAUGCCCGAAAAGGCCCAGCAGAGGGCCUGGCGAGAGAAGAUGGGCCUGAUCAGUAUUAUUCUGCUCAUCAUGGGCUUUGUCGGUUUCAUCACUUUCGGCUUUACCCAGGUGGUUUGCGGUAAACCUCCGCUCCGGUUGCGCAUCAAUGAGGUUGGACCCGGAUACAUGAUCUUCCACGGAUCUGCAUAUGACCUCACCAAAUCUCACCAUCCUCCGGCUGAGGGUAUCCCUCGCCGCCAGGACGGUUUGGGUGCCAACAUUAUCUAUGACUUGCCUACACGUUACGGUGGACAGGAUGGCAGUUUCCUGUUCCAGAACGUCAACGGCAGGUGCAAGGGUCUCAUCACCAAGCAAGAGAAGUCCGAUGUGCCAAGCGAUAAGAGCGGCAAUCUGGCGUGGUACUUCCCUUGUACCACGUUCAACCAAGACGGUUCAUCCAAGCCCAACACCACGAUACCUUAUUACCUGGGCUAUGCCUGCCACACAACCAAAACCGCCAGAGACACUUUUUAUCUAGGCCUUAACGAGCCCGCCGAUGUCUACUUUACGUGGGACGACAUCAAGAACAGCUCUCGAAACUUGGUUGUCUACUCUGGCCACGUUCUCGAUCUUGAUCUGCUUCACUGGUUCAACGACACUCAAGUCACGAUUCCCAACCGCUUCAAGGAGCUGAGGGAUAAGAACACCCCUGGAAACCAGGCUAUUCGCGGACGCGAUAUUACCCACGCCUUCCAGUCGAGCAAGGACAAGCAGAUUGCCGAGUGCUUUGAGGAGAUUAUCAAGGUCGGUUCGGUGGACACUGAGACUGUCGGCUGCAUUGCGUCAAAGGUCGUUCUCUAUGUGUCCCUCGUCCUUAUCCUUGCAGUCGUCCUCGCCAGGUUCGUCUUGGCUCUAAUCUUCCAAUGGUUCAUCAGCAAGACGUAUGCGGCCGCUAAGACCUCCCAGACGUCUGACCAGCGGAAGCGAAACCGUCAGAUUGAAGACUGGACCGAAGAUAUCUACAGAGCUCCCCCAAGGUUCCCAGGCGAGGUUGGAAGCAGUGUCGCUGGAAGCUCAGAUCGUCAAAGCAAGCGCAGCAGUGCUUUCUUGCCCACCCAUUCCCGUUUCUCUACUGUCUACCAAAAUGAGCGCGGCAAUAGGAAGUCCGGACUCCCUACGACCAUGGCAAGCCAGAACGCCGCUGGCCAGUUGCUUCAUCCAGGAGCGAUGUACGGCCAAGGCAACGAGAGUCGAUCGGAAUUCCUCAAAGACCCUUACGCAUCAAGCAGCAGUCCCGCAGAUGGCCCAGGCCCUGCCGGUUUCAUUCACGAAGCUGUCGUUCCUCAACCACCUUCCGACUGGAUGCCCUUCGGCUUCCCUCUGGCUCACACUAUUUGCCUUGUCACAGCUUACUCCGAGGGUGAGAUGGGUGUUCGUACCACUCUGGACUCGAUUGCUAUGACGGACUACCCCAACAGCCACAAGGUUAUCCUCGUUAUCUGCGAUGGUAUUAUCAAAGGCCACGGAGAGACACAGUCGACCCCCGAUAUUAUUCUCAGCAUGAUGAAGGACCACACAAUUCACCCCGAUGACGUCGAGCCAUUCUCUUACGUCGCGGUCGCGACCGGUUCCAAGCGCCACAACAUGGCCAAGGUCUACGCCGGCUUCUACGAUUAUGGCAAUAACUCUGCCAUUCCUCUGGAGAAGCAGCAGCGCGUUCCUAUGAUGUGCGUCGUGAAGUGCGGUACUCCUGCCGAAGCCUCCAAGUCGAAGCCUGGAAACCGUGGCAAGCGUGACAGUCAGAUUAUCCUCAUGUCCUUCCUCCAGAAGGUCAUGUUCGACGAGCGUAUGACCGAGUUGGAGUACGAGAUGUUCAACGGCAUGUGGAAGAUCACGGGCAUUUCUCCCGACUUCUACGAAAUUGUGCUCAUGGUUGACGCUGAUACCAAGGUCUUCCCCGAUAGUCUCACGCACAUGAUCUCGGCCAUGGUCAAGGAUCCUGAAAUCAUGGGUCUCUGUGGCGAGACCAAGAUUGCCAACAAGCGAGCAAGCUGGGUUUCCGCCAUCCAGGUGUUCGAAUACUUUGUCUCUCAUCAUCUCGCCAAGGCUUUCGAGUCCGUCUUUGGUGGUGUCACUUGUCUUCCCGGAUGUUUCUGCAUGUACCGCAUCAAGGCGCCCAAGGGUGGUCAGAACUACUGGGUCCCUAUCUUGGCCAACCCGGACGUCGUCGAACAUUAUUCCGAGAACGUGGUCGAUACCCUGCACAAGAAGAACCUCUUGCUCCUUGGUGAGGAUCGUUACCUCAGUACCCUCAUGUUGCGCACGUUCCCCAAACGUAAGCAGGUGUUUGUGCCCCAGGCCGUUUGCAAAACCACUGUCCCCGAAGAGUUCAUGGUGUUGCUCUCGCAGCGCCGCAGAUGGAUCAACUCGACGAUUCACAAUCUGAUGGAGCUCGUUCUCGUCCGCGAUCUCUGCGGUACCUUCUGUUUCAGUAUGCAGUUCGUUGUCGGUAUCGAGUUGGUUGGUACUCUUGUGUUGCCUGCCGCCAUCGCCUUUACUUUCUAUGUUGUUAUCAUCUCGAUUGUUAACUCCCCGCCACAAAUCAUCCCGCUCAUCCUCCUCGGUCUCAUUCUCGGUCUCCCAGCCAUACUCGUCGUCGUCACCGCCCACAGCUGGUCCUACAUCGUCUGGAUGCUCAUCUACCUGAUCUCCCUGCCCGUGUGGAACUUCAUUCUGCCCACAUACGCCUUCUGGAAGUUCGACGACUUCUCGUGGGGCGAGACGCGCAAGACAGCCGGCGAAAAGUCAAGCAAGGGUGGUCACGGCGAAGCUGAGGGAGAGUUUGAUAGCAGCAUGAUCACCAUGAAGCGCUGGGCCGAGUUUGAGCGCGACAGGCGUGUCCGGAGCACGUACUGGGCCGGCUCGAGGGACAAUGUCAUGUCCGGAGUAGGGGGCAGUAAUGGCUGGAGCAGCCAGCCGAGAGGCCACGAGCAGGGGAGGCACUUUGACGACUACUUUUCGGAUGCUUAA